GCGAGCCAUGACUCUUCUCACACUCACUUCAUUCUCUUCAUCCACUUGGCUCGAUCUCAAGCCUCCUCUCUUCCCACCUCCACCACCGCCCACUACUUUCCUCUCCUCCCUCUCCACCCUUAAACCCCACUCCCAAAAGAAGAAGAGGAUUUGGAACAAAACGUGUAGAGCAGAGUUUGCCCAUGACGCACCAUUCGCUGCCGCAAUCGGUGCUUGUAUGCUCAGCUUGCUGGUUUUUCCGGUCACCGGUAAAGCUCCGGACAGUGAUGGUGAUUUGGCUAAUAUGAGGUUCUCGGUUAUGGGGAUCAUUAGCUUUAUCCCUUACUUCAAUUGGCUGUGUUGGGUGUUUGCGUGGCUGGAUAGUGGGAACUGGCGUUAUGCAGUGGUAUACUUGGCUCCAUACCUAAGGUCAAUCUUGUCACUGUCGCCUGAGGAGAACUGGCUGCCUAUUGUCAGCAUUGUAUUAUGCAUAAUUCACAUUCAGCUGGAAGCAAGCAUAAACAAUGGAGAUAUUCAGGGCUUUCAAUUAUUUAGCAAGGCUGCAAACCACCUUGCAUCAAUGGCUAGAAAGAAAGACCAUUCAAAGGGGCAUGAAGGAAUUUCUGAGGAGGGGAGAAAAGCAAAGAACAUUAAUUUGCCGUUUGCUGACGAACAAUCAAGAAAUGAGAUUCGGAGGUGGAGCGUUCUCAAAAAACCAUCAGAGGAUCGUGAACCCUCAAAUGAAGAUUGGUUAGAUGAUGAGAAAAAUCACUAGCAAGUCAGCAACUAAGCAUUAGAUAUGAAUUUUGAUUGACGAUAAUGCAAGCUUGGAGAGAGAGAGAGAGAGAGUAAUUCCUUCUAAGUAGACAACCCGAGUAGGGUUAAGAGCGCUGCAUGGUUUCAUCCUCAGAAUGCAUUUUGUAUUCUACAUCUUCAUUGUUUAUUUACUGAGAUUUAUAUAUUUCGAUAUUAUGCUAUAAUGACAUUUUACUGGUUGAAUUUUGAAGCAAACAUUGUACAAAAUAGGAUGAAUGUGAUCCUGACUGGUCUUGAUGACAGCUUCUUGCUUAUUAUUAUUGAGAGAAAAUAUUCAAGUAAUUCAUUGUCAAACACUUGAACUUCAUAAGAUCUUCAGGUAAUCCAUUGCCAAAUCUUGGGAUUCCAACCCAAGAUUUAUUCAAAUCCUUCAUUCAAACAGUAACAUUAGGCCACAACCAAAAAUCGCCAUCACCAGCUGUGGCCUACACCGCCCAAUGCAAUUACUCCCAGUUCUCCAUUGUAGCAAGAUCUGAAGACAUAAAUUUAGUAUAUGGGUAAUGCUACUGUUUACACCCAUUGCACACCAACUGACAAG